AUGUCGAACCAAUCUGAUCGUCCCAACACCCCCGAUUAUCAAUGUGAUACGGACAACAUUGAGUCUCGGCCGAUCGCGAGCUCAUCCAACACACUCAGCCAAACAGAUAGACCUGGUGCUGUCAUGUCUUCUCAGACUGAUUCCGGAGUAGAGUCGAAUCUUGUGGUUAUUGAUACUGGUAAUAUCACUGACAAAGACUCGGAGCAUUCUCAUGCAGUGAAUGAACGAAUCGCUGACAGUGAAAGUAAAUCAUGGAACGACGAAACGCCUUGGCUCGACUCGGGACACUGGCUCAGUAGUUAUUUGGAGUUUGCAAGUUAUUUUCCUGAACGUCUUACAUCAAUGCACAUGUACUAUGAGAGCACCUGGGGCUCUUUCACGGGCACUCAGUGGAAUCUUAAUGUUCGAACAAACUGGAAUAUUUUACAAAGAAUGCAAACCGACGACAUUGCUAAUCUCAACAUAUCCAACUUAAUGUUUCACUUUGGGACAUUAGCCUAUACUAUCGUAGAAUCCAAAUUAGCCUGGAAUAUCUUGAUUCUAGUUCAGCAAAGCCUGGGGUUUUACCGCUGGUUACUUGGGGUUUUAUUUUUCGGAGUCGGUGUUCUAACUUGCUAUCUGGUUUGCAAUUGGUUUCCGACCAGCGAUCGUGGUGAUGUGCGAAACCUAUUUCCGACCGUGUUCGUAUGGACUACAGUGCUUAUUGGUGUCAGCCUUACUGUGCUGAUUUCAUGGGAGCUUGUUGCUUUUGUCAUGGGAAUUUAUACGUAG